AUGAAUUGGACAUCACCAACAACAAUAGCUUCCAUCACAAUUUGUGUUUGCUUUCAGACUCCACCAUUACAACAUCGCACCACAACACCAGCCCUGAGUCACCACCACAUUGCCUUCGCAAUAGCCCAGAACCACCACUAUACCACCACUGUUGCCUAUUUCAUCUGCAUAGUAGGCCUAUUUCAAAGACUUGAGAACGCCUUGAACUAUGGACUUGAAAGGGUUUGGGCUGUUGGAUACAUGAAAGGUUCACGUCGGAUUGUUAUUGGCUAUGAUGAAGGAACCAUAAUGGUGAAAAUUGGACGUGAAGAGCCUGUAGCCAGCAUGGACAAUAGUGGAAAAAUUAUAUGGGCUAAACAUAAUGAAAUUCAAACUAUUAACAUCAAGAGUGUGGGAGCUGAUCAUGAGGUUUCUGAUGGAGAGAGGCUGCCUUUAGCAGUUAAAGAACUGGGAACAUGUGAUCUUCAUCCACAAGUUUCGUUUUUUAGUGAUGAUGAAGAGACUACCAGCACACCAAAAGCAGAUGCUCUUUUUAUUCCAAGGGAGAAUCCAAGAGCUCUGGUUAUUCGCCUUCUUAAACAAUGGCCUGGCAAAUCAUCUGCUGAAAAAUUAAAAAACGCAUCUUCUCCAGCACAAACAAACGGAAACCAUUCUGAAAACAGAACCCUAAAGGAACAAACACCAAUCAAAACCCCCCAAAAACAAAACGGAGGAUGUGAUGGUGGCAAGAUGGAAGAUGGCUUUGAGUUUAUCGUUAAAAACAAAGGCAUCAACACUGAGGUAGCUUACCCAUAUUAG